AUGGCUUCAGUUUGGUGAAGAAAGAAGUCUUUGAUCGCCACCAGUCUGAUCGUGGUGGUGUCACUCUUUGUGGUGGUGGUGAACUACGCGGAGAAGCCGUACUUCCUCCUGCAGCCAGUGUUUGGUCAGACGUUCAGCAGCCACUGGAUGUUCUCCAAACAGCCAUACAAAGCCUUCAAGCCUCACCAGGGCUAUGUCAGCAUCCCCAAACAGGAGCCUCUGAAACUACACUGUGAGCUCUGCAGCAUCGUGUCCAGCUCGGGCCAGAUGUUGGGCCAGGCUGCAGGCCAGCAGAUCGACCACUCUCCUUGCAUCUGGCGAAUGAACAAUGCGCCUACACGGGGCUUUGAGAGUGACGUGGGCCGGCGAACCACCCUGAGGGUCGUCUCGCACACCAGCGUCCCCCUGCUGCUUCAGAAGCCCCAGUACUUCUUCGGGCAGGGCAAUGACACAGUCUACGUUGUGUGGGGGCCACUACGAAACAUGAGGAAGGACGGGAAGGGCAUUGUAUACAACAUGCUGCGACAGGCGGCGGAGAACUACCCUCACGCACGCAUCUAUGUCACUACAGAGGACAGGAUGAACUACUGCGACAUGGUCUUCAAGAAGGAGACGGGAAAAGAUAGGAUCCAGUCUGGCUCCUACCUCAGCACCGGCUGGUUCACGCUCAUCCUCGCAAUGGACAUGUGCAAAGAGAUCCAUAUCUAUGGCAUGAUAAAUGACACCUACUGCAAGACGGAAGGUUACAGAAAAGUUCCCUACCACUACUACGAGGCCGGCAGCCGGGACGAGUGUGCAGAGUAUCUCCUUCAUGAGAGCGCCCCCUACGGAGGGCACCGCUUCAUCACAGAGAAGUCUGUGUUUGCCAAAUGGGCCAAAACGCACGCCAUCAAGUUUUUCAACCCACCGUGGCAGCUGUCGUGA